AUGAAACUCAGCUCAAAGAUUACAAGACAGUUAAGGAGAAAUUCGACUCAUACUUUUGUGGUCAGAAGAAAUGUAAUAUAUGAGCGUGCUAAGUUCAAUAGGAGAGUACAAAAUGAACACGAAUCAGUCGAACAAUUCAUAACCUCAUUAUACGUGUUAGCUGAACACUGUCAGUACGGAAAUUUAAAUGAUCAAAUGAUCCGUGACCGCAUUGUUGUUGGCUUAAUUGAUGCAAAUGUAUCGCAAAAGCUUCAACUUGACCCUGAUUUAACGUUAAAGAAAGCACAAGAUAUUGUUCGAGAAACUGAUGCCGUCAAAAAGCAGCAAAGUGAACUGCGAAACAAAGUUGAUUUCCCAGACAAUGGCGUAGAUUCUAUUCAUUCCGCAAAGCACAAGAAAUCACGGCGAGAACAGAACAACAAAGCUACAGGAAAAUCAAACCAGAAAGAUUUUCCUGGUAAACAAAGCUGUUUUCGAUGUGGAAAAAACCCAUUCCAUAGCAGAGAAAAAUGUCCUGCAAGAAAUUCCACGCGUAACAAGUGUUCUAAAGUUGGACAUUGGGCUAAAGUCUGCAGAACUAAAAUGGUUGCGGAGGUGGUCACAGAAACAGUGAUGACGAUGAAAAUUAUGAAUUCCUUGGCGAAGUAUCAUCCCAAAACAAUGCUCAGUGGAAAGCAAAUCUAAAAUUGGAUGGACAAGUAGUUCAAUUCAAGUUGGACACUGGAGCUGAUAAAACUUGUAUUCCACUUCACUUUGUAUGAAAGCAUGAAAACUAAGCUUCCUGCUUUGAAAAAGUUGAAGAAGAAGCUACAUUCUUGUGAUGGAAAGAAAUUAGAUAUCUAUGGAAUAUUCGUUGCAACAAUAGAAAAGCUGAUAAGAAAAUAACAGUACAAGAUGUGUAUGUUAUCAAAGGUUUACAUCAAGCUCUCUUGGGUGGGCCAGCUAUACGUGCUCUGAAUUUACUCCAGAAAGCAAAGUUUGUGGAGACAGUAAAGACCUGCAGCGACGAAGCCGAACCUAACAAAAAGUGGAAAAGUCAGUCUCCAAAGCUAUUCAAAGGGCUUGGAAGAAUCAAGAAUGAAUACGCAAUCAAAUUGAAACCAGAUGCUAAACCCCAUGCCGUUUACACGCCAAGAAAGAUAGCAAAUCCUCGGUUACCUAAAGUUAAAAAUGAACUGGACAGGAUGGAGAAAAUGGGUGUCAUCUCGAAAAUCGAAACUCCAACAGAAUGGUGCUCUCAUAUGGUAGUGGUACCAAAAUCGAAUGGUGACGUAAGAAUUUGCCUUGAUCCAUCCGAGUUAAAUGAAAGCAUUCUACGAGAAGCGCACCCCCUACCUGGUGUCGAUUGUACAUUGGCAAAGUUAGCUGGAUCGACAGUGUUCUUGAAGCUUGAUUGUAACUCUGGUUUUUGGCAAAUACCAUUAUCAGAAGAAUCUGCUCCCAUAACUACAUUCAUAACCCCAUGGGGGAGAUACAAUUUCAAUGUACUGCCUUUUGGAAUAACACCAGCGUCAGAACAUUUUCAAAAACAGUUGGAAAUGGUCUUGAAAGAUUGUGAAGGGGCAUGUAUCGAGAUUGAUGAUAUUCUUGUUCAUGGAAAGGAUACUAAGGAGCAUGAUGAAAUAUUGAAGAAAGUUCUUCAAAAGCUUGAAGAAGCGAAUGUUACGUUGAAUGGCGACAAGUGUGAACUCUCAAAACCUGAAGUUCACUAUCUGGGUCAUGUGAUAAACGCUACAGGAAUCAGUGCAGAUCCAGAAAAAGUUUGUGCCAACACAGAGAUGUCAUCGCCAAACAGCACACAAGAGGUGAGGUGGUUCUUAGGAAUGUGCAACCAACUCAGUAAGUUCUCAUCGGGAUUAGCUGAUAAGACUAAACCUAUCCGAGAUUUAUUGAGUGAUAAAACUCACUGGAACUGGGGCAUCCAGCAAGAAGAGGCUUUCAAAGAGAUCAAGAAAAUCCUCAGCAAUACUCCUGUAUUGGCCUUAUACGAUCCAAAAGCGGAGACAAAAAUUCGCACAGAUGCAUCUUCAUAUGGUUUGGGUGCAAUUUUAAUGCAAAAGCAAAGUAAUUAUGAAUGGCAACCAGUCGCGUAUGCUUCAAGAGCAUUGUCACCAACAGAACAAAGAUACGCACAAAUUGAAAAAGAAGCACUGGGAAUUAUGUGGGGAUGUGAAAAGUUUUCUGAGUACAUCUCUGGCAUGAAGUUUCAUAUAGAAACAGAUCACAAGCCAUUGGUUCCGGAUAUUUACACAUGGAAAAAGAUUGGUGAUCCCUUCAUCAAUGAGAUUGGACAUACUUAGUAAAAUACAUUCAGGACAUCUCGGGAUAACCAAGUGCCGAGAAAGAGCAAGAACGUCAGUGUGGUGGCCUGGUAUGAGCAAACAAAUUGAUGAUUUGGUUCGAAACUGUCAUGAAUGCGUUAAAGAAAGAAAGAAUAAAGCAGAACCAUUGAUAUCCUCUACUCUACCAGAUAGACCAUGGCAAAAACUUUGUACUGAUCUGUUCAAGCUAAAGGGUAAGACAUAUCUUAUAAUCAUUGACUACUUUUCAGGAUAUCCCGAAUAGCUCUCUUAAACAGUAUUACCUCUACAAGUGUAAUUACGCAUAUGAAGUCUUGUUUUGCUAGACAUGGAAUUCCAGAUCGUGUUAUAUCAGAUAAUGGUCCUCAAUUUAGUUCAGUUGAAUUUUCAAAGUUCUCCUCCAGUUAUGGAUUCAAGCAUCAGACAAGCAGUCCAAGAUAUCCUCAAGCCAACGGUAAAAUUGAACGGGCAGUGAAAACGGUGAAAAGUCUUCUUAAAAAGUCGAAAGAUCCGUAUAUUGCUUUAAUGUCGUAUCGAGACACUCCACUCGAGAAUGGUUAUAGUCCUGCUGAACUCUUAUUUGGAAGAAAGAUUCAAACGACUCUUCCAGUUGUAUCACAGCACCUUGCCCCUACUUGGCCUUAUCUCAUAGCUGUCAGAGAAAAGGAAGAAAGAAUAAAGAAACGACAGACGAAGAAUUACGAUUUCCGUCAUAAAGUGAAAACAUUACAGCAACUUGAACCUGAUUGUCCAGUAUGGAUUCCAGAUCGUAAAGAGUCGGGUACAAUUAUCAAUAAGUUUGAAACCCCUCGCUCGUAUGUGAUUAAAACCCCAACAACAACUGUUCGAUGA